GGAGGGGAGGGGCUUUGGUAGAGCUGAGUGUGAGCUCCGAGUGGCGGUGGUGAAGCUGCGGACAUGGCGAGUCUGUGGAUGGGAGAUAUCGAUGAGAACAUGAACGAGGCCUCUAUCACUCAGGCCUUCCAGUCCAUGGGGGAGUCCGUCCUCAGCGUCAAGAUCAUCCGCAACCGCUUCACGGGCGAACUCUCCGGUUACUGCUUCGUAGAAUUUCCCAACCAGGACUCGGCUGCCAGGUGCCUGGUGAACGUGAAUGGGAAACUGGUACCCGGCGCCAACCCUCCCAAGAGAUUCAAGUUGAAACACGCGCUGUACACGAAGCCGUCGGACCCAAGUCCUGCAUCGAGGAACCCAAACACUGAAUACAUGAACGCCUUUAACUACUACACCCAGCAGUUUCAGCAGAUGUUCACCAACUGGAAGUACGACCAGAAAAAUAACAGCUACACCUACCAGCAGUACGGCUACACUGAAAACAACUGGCCGACUUCUGAAGAGUUGGCAGAGGAGGAUCUGGAAGACCCCAACCCCCAGGUGGACGUGGCCGAGGCCAAUAAGCAGUUCAUGGAGCAGAGUGAGGAGCUGUACGACGCUCUGAUGUCCUGCCACUGGCAGCCGCUGGACACAGUCACCUCCAAAAUACCAAAUGAAUCGUGACCCCCGCACCCAGAGACCCCCCUCUGCCGCCCUGGACCUCUGUUCAUCUCAUCUCUCCGGGACCCCGUUACGUGAUGGACGCUGCUCGCGGUGACCGCGUUGCUUGCGGCUUAGCCCAUGUUCUGGAGGAGGCAGCCGUGAGGUUACAUGUACGUCUCGUGUAUCAGGAUGAACAUCACUCGCCUGUCCAUGGGAGGACAAGGUCAUCCACUCCUCUGUAAAUAACACUUUCUUAUAUACCAUACUUUGCCUUUCAGUUCCUCUCCAUUUCAAGCUCUCUGCUUGCUGUCAGUGUAUGAAAACAUUUGGAAACCGAUUACCUAUUCUUACAUAGCUACUUAGACAGGUUUCUGAAGUUACUACGUUUGGUUCUAAGGGUUGCCAACACUGGUGCACUGUAACAAAGCUCAGCUGUGAGAAGUACUGUGUCAAGAGGGAUUUUCGGUAUCUGCCAGCAAGCAGAGAUCUUGAAUGCUGCAGAUAUUUUCAGUAUCCAACCAUUAAACUUUAUCUAAAAAUA